AAAACAUAAAAUAUGAAGAAGAACAAGAAUUAAAGUUGAAGCCGCCUAACACCGUCAAAGCCGACCGAACAAAAGGAAAGAAGCUAAAACAAAACUGGAACUGAUAAAAAAGAAGAGCUUGCCGUUUGUUGUUGACCCUUGUAAGUUGCGAACAACACAUAUGACAUGAUUUGUGUUCUUCUUUCUUAAAAGUUGAGAUAGUUAGUAUUUGAUCAUGGGUAGUAGUACUGAAAUGGGAAUCCCAGAAGAAGAAAAAGAAGAAGAGCUUCUGAAGAAGAUAGAACGGCUAGAAGCUGGUCACGCUCACCUCAAGCAAGAAAUGUCCAACUUCAAGCUCUUCCAAAACAACAAGUCUCGUUCCAGGUUCGGUGCUGCCACGUGUAACAAACCCUCUUCUUCUCUGCAUCAAAAUGGAAACAAGUAUCUCAAUAUCUUGCAGUCAAUGGGCCACGCUGUUCAUGUGUUGGAUCUUCAAUGUCGUAUCAUGUACUGGAACCCUAGUGCGGAGAGUAUGUAUGGUUAUGCCGCUGAAGAAGUUCUAGGGCAGGAUGGGAUUGAGAUGCUUGUGGAUCCCAGUGAUUUUGGCUUAGCCAAUGAUGUGUUCAACCAUGUCAAAAGGGGAGAGAGUUGGAGAGGCCAGCUCCCUGUUAAGAAUAAGAGAGGGGAUAGGUUCUAUGCUGUUACAACCAAUACACCUUUCUAUGAUGAUGAUGAUGGAAGCUUGGUUGGGGUUAUUUGUGUCUCCUGUGAUUCAAGGCCCUUCCUUGAGACCAGAAUUCCCUUGUCAGGGGUAGAGAAUGCCGAACCGGAUUCAGGUUUGAAUGGUCGUAGGAGGAGUAGCAUUUCGGAUAAGCUUGGCCUUGACUCUAAGCAGCCACUUCAAGCUGCUCUGGCGUCGAAAAUUUCAAAUUUGGCCUCGAAGGUGAGUAACAAAGUUAAGUCUAGAAUCAGGACUGGAGAAAGUAACACCAAUGGUGAAGGUGGGAGCGGAGAGAGUCAUCAUUCUGAGCCUAGUCUCUCGGACUGUGUUCUAGCUGACCAGAGAGAGGAUGGUAAUUCAAGUGGAGCUAGCACACCCAGAGGAGAGGUGCUAAAAUCUCCUUUUGGUGUAUUUUCUCAUGUUGAAGAGAAAUCCGAAGGAAAAUCUGUUAGAGGCUCGGGUGAACAAAGUCAAGGAAAACCUAUUCACAAGAUCAUAACUUCUAAGGCUGAAACAUGGAUUCAAAAGAAAACAUCUUCAUGGCCAUGGAGAGCAAACGAUCAGGAAGGAUCCGAGGCAAGGAAUGUUCGUGUUGCCUGGCCUUGGUCACAGGGCGAUCAAGAAAAUGAGUCAGUUAAUCAGAAGAAUAUUUCUUCUGGAUUGAAGCCAGAAAGCCAAGCAGGAGAAAGUAAUCGAUCUGGUAUUAACGAGGCUUCAGGAUCCUGGUCCUCAUUUUUUAAUGUUAACAGCACAGGUAGUACCAGCAGCUGUGGGAGUGUCAGCAGUAGUGCAGCCAAUAUUAAAGGGGAUGUUGACUCUGAUUGCUUGGAUUAUGAAAUUUUGUGGGAGGACCUGACAAUGGGAGAACCAAUUGGGCAAGGUUCUUGUGGAACUGUAUAUCAUGCUCAGUGGUAUGGAUCGGAUGUUGCUGUCAAGGUUUUCUCAAAGCAUGAAUACACAGAUGAUACAAUACUGUCCUUCAAACAAGAGGUGUCUGUCAUGAAAAGACUUCGUCAUCCAAACAUUAUUCUCUUUAUGGGGGCUGUGACUUCACCUCAACAUCUAUGCAUUGUAACAGAGUUUCUCCCACGUGGAAGCUUGUUUCGUUUGCUUCAGAGAAACACAUCCAAAAUUGAUUGGAGACGGCGAGUUCAUAUGGCCUUAGAUGUUGCACGAGGUGUAAAUUAUCUUCAUCAUUGCAACCCACCUAUCAUCCAUCGAGAUUUGAAGUCUUCAAAUAUUCUAGUUGAUAAGAAUUGGACUGUGAAGGUCGGUGAUUUUGGUCUUUCACGUCUUAAACAUGAAACAUAUCUCACUACUAAGACAGGAAAGGGGACGCCUCAAUGGAUGGCACCAGAAGUUCUUCGUAAUGAACUGUCAGAUGAGAAGUCUGAUGUUUACAGCUUUGGGGUGAUAUUGUGGGAACUUACGACCGAAAAGAUCCCGUGGGAUACUCUGAACCCAAUGCAGGUUGUUGGAGCUGUAGGGUUUAUGAACCAUCGGCUAGAAAUUCCAGAAGAUGUUGAUCCACAGUGGACUUCUAUAAUUGAGAGCUGCUGGCACAGCGAUCCAGCUUGCCGACCAGCAUUCCAGGAACUGUUAGAAAGGCUAAAAGAACUGCAGAGACGGUACACAAUUGAAUUCCAGGCAGCUCGAUCUGCUGUUGAGGAAGGCACUCAAAAGGAGUUCUAGCAAGUGGCCACAAUCUUUGUGCUUGUUUCUAUUUUAUCACUAACAGGCUGGUGCAUAAGGAAUUUUACACAUAUAUAAUACAAAACAUUCCUGAUGAAUAGAUGUGUUGAUACAAAUAACUGCUGGGCUUGGAGUCCUGUUGUGUUGCUGGUUCAUCAUUAUAUUUGUCCAGCUAUCAUCCUAUAAGUAGGAAAAUGGUUACCAAAUUGGUUUUGUCAUGAUAUUUCCUUGAUGGCACCAUAGAAGUUGUUAAACUUACUAGUGAUGUUUUAGUUGUGAAUAGGUUCCCAUUAUCAUCAUUGUAAUUUUGUAUGGGAAAUGUUUGUGCCACUUUUAGUUGUAUAGAAAGUUGGAAAAAAGAACAAAAGAAAUCAGUGGAGACAGGAAAAUAGUAAACAGAGUGAGUUCAGAGAGAGAAUUUGAGAAUGAGAAAUAAGUUUCUGAAACUCUAGUUGUAUAUUUGACAUGAGUUUAUUGAUUACAUGAAAAACUAUUGAUAGUUGUAGGGAUA